UUAAUAAUUAAUGAGGAAAAUGGCCAAUUACAUUGGAAAAUUCAUUAUCAAAACGUUAUUAUUCCUAGAAAGUUUUCAUAUCUAUUUCAAUAUACAUAGUACCUGUUCCAGAUACAAACACGCGUUCGAUUUUUUUUAUCUCAUUUCUCUUAUCUUUAAAGAGAUAAAACUGAUAAACAAACUGUACCCGUUAAAGAUUCAAUAUAGUUUCUAUGGUUUAUGGGCGUUGUUAAGGAAAAAUUAAUCCACCUAAAAAUUUCUUCUUUGAUUGGAGAGAAAAGCAGAAAAACUCCAAAAUGGGUAAUCAACCUUCAACGCAAGAGAACAAACGUCGAAAUAACGAUGGAAUUGUCCAAAUGAGACACCAAGCUCAAUUAAGAACAAGUUUAAGCUCAUCGAAACGAUUAUCAAAAAGCGAACAGAAAGUUCGCGACAUCGAAAUAGCAGUUAAAGAGUUAAAACGCGCGAUUGAAGCUUACGAUGGCAUUCGGGGAACCCCAAAUUACAAAGCUUUGCAUUCGCAAUUAUCGAGGAAAGGUCAAGAAGUUCAAGAACUCUUAAUGAAGUCGACCAAACCGGACAAACAAACCAAAUAUAAAGGUUAUCAGAAAGAAAUAAACAAUCUAUUCAAAUUAUUAGAAGAAAAAGUCGAAACGAACGAACGCCAAUUGGAUUCGGCCGCGAUCGAAUCCCAUUCCUUUAUAUCGCCGAAACCUGCUGAUUAUUCAGCGCAAAAUUCGUUGGUAUCGCAAAAAUCUUUAGGUUACGAAACGAAUUUGGAUGAGGUCGAACAAAGAGCGAAUGUUUUAGAGGAGGAAAUUAAUCGCGCCAUUUCUUUGGAGGAACGAAACAAAUUUAAGUUUUUAGAACAAAAAUUAAACAUGCUUUAUUCCGAUUUAACGAAAAUUGAAGAUGCGGGAUCGAAAAGUAUUAAUAGGAAGGAGUCGAUUAAUAAAUCGUUAAUGAGGCAAGCAAAAAAGUUACAAAAUGUUAAACAAGAUAAAAAAGGAUCGUUAAAGAAAGCCAAUAAAGUUAAUGAUAAAGAUAAUGAUAGAGAGAAAGAUAAAGAAAUAAUAACGAAAAUUGAAGAAGAAUUAAGCGAUGUUGAAAUUAGGGUUUUAACGUUUGAAGAAUUGAAAUCGGAUGCGAAAUAUCGCGAUUUAGAUCAAAUUUUAAAAGGGUAUUGGGCGAACUUAUCGAAUUUGGGAGAUUCGAGUGAAGAGAAUCGGAGGAGGAAGUUAAAAACGAUCGAUUUGAUCAAGAAAAUGUUGCAGGAGUUAGCUAAAAGGGCCGAGGAAAACUCAAAAAGGAUUAAUUUGGCUUUGGAUAAAAUCAAUGAUGUCGAAGAUGAGGUUAUUUCGCUAAAAAAGGGGGUCGAAACGUUCGUUGGGCUAAAAAAUGAUGCUGAAUAUAAUAAUUAUGAUCAAAAAUUGAGGAGUUUGUGGGCCAAGUUAAACGAUGUUCAUAAUUCUUACGAAGCCGUCGUUAAUAGAAAAGAAGAAAUCAUUGGAAAUAUUCAGUAUUUAUUAAAAACUUUGUUUGAUAACGCAAGUUCUAAAAAUAAGGCGAUUAAUGAGUCAUGUAAAAGUUAUUUAUUAGAAGAUUUGGAGGAUUUCGAAAAUAAAUGGGUUGUUUUGGAUAAAUCAAUAAGGAGUAACUUAAAAAGUGACGAGAGGGAGCAAAUUUGCGAAAUCAUUGAGAGUUUGGACCAAAAUUUGCAAAAAACUUUGAGACAUUUGAACCAAAAAUCACAACAAAAAGUCAUUAUUAAAGAAAAGGAGUUUGAGGGAAUUAGGAAAAUCGCUUCGUCAAAAAAUUUGGACCAAGAAGGGCGAAAUAUGACCCCACCAGAACGAUUAAUAUCAGAGUUAACAAUUUCAAAUGUAUUAACCUCGCUAAAUAUGAUCGAAAAUGACGCUGAUGAGUUAAAAAAUAAAAUUUUAAAAUCUAAUAACCAAAAUGAUGGGGAUUUUAAGAAGGAUUUGGAUGAUUUGUACUUAAAAAUUGAUCAAUUAGAGAGUUGUAGCAACCCAACGGUUGUUGAUCAAAAAAAUAAGAUUUUGCAGAAAUUGUCUGAGAUAAAUUCGUUGAGAUUCAACGUUGGAAACACGAAUCGGCUAAAAACGAUCGUUGAGAACGUGCAAAAAUUAAAAAAAAAAGUUGAUUGUUUCAGCGGCACCCACAAAAACGUUAAUUACGUCAACAUUGAGGAGGGAUUGAGAGACUGCUUAAAAGAACUCGAUGAGAUCAUCUCAGAUAACGAUAAAAUCAACAAAACUAAAGAUCAAUUAAUCGGAAAAAUAAUGAGAUAUCUCGAAAUUUUAGACGAAAGAUCCCUAAAAGUCAGUUCCCAAGAAGAUUUAACGAAAAAUUUUAGCGAAAUCGCAAGUGAUAUAGUAAAAAAUUUAACAAAAAUAAGAAACGAUUUGGAGAAAUUCGAAUUUGGAAAUCUAACUGAAACCGUUUUAAUCGAAGCUGAAAUUAAAAGAUGUCGAGAUGAUAUUAAAAGUUUAAAUCCAAAAUCAACGGAUCAAACCAUAAUUCAAUCCCAAUAUUUUGAUUAUUUACAAAAAUUAAUCCUUUAUUUCGAGAGCCACCAAAAAUCAAACACCGGGAAAAUAUUGAUUUCCCUCGAAAACGAGCUAACCACCCUAAAAGACGAUAUCACGAAAUUAAACCCGAUCGAAAAUGAUUUGGAUUUCGAAAAAACCCAAUUGGAAUUGGACGAUUUAUUGGUUCGAGUGAAUUCUGUCGAAAUUUUGACGCAAAAUGAUAAGGAAUUUAAGAAUAAUUUGCAGGGGAGUAUUCAGUCUUUAACGGGGUUGUUAAAAACGAAGCGGAGGGCCUCGAAGCGGAUGUCGCAAUACAACGAGCAAUUAAAUCAAGUUAAAUUGGAGGAGGUUCAAGAAGCCAUCGGGAAAUUGUCCGAUGACGUUUAUAAUUUUUCGGGAGAUAAUUACAGAAAACGAUACGAUGAACUCGAUGAGGAGAUGACCAAUAUCUUCCUAAAAAUACAAAAUUUAGAGGUUGACGCAUCGAUGAGGGAUUACUUAAUAAGGCAAAUUCAAAGUCACAAGAAAAUGUUGCAACAAAAACUUCAAGAUAUCACUUUUGUUAAGCGAGGAACCGAAGUUUAGUUUAAUUAAUUAAUAAUUCUUUAAAAUAAUAAAGUUUAAUUCUGUUUAAUUCUUAAAAAUUUAUAUUUAAAUUAACGUUUUUAAUAAAAAUCUAGGGCAUGUAAGUUACUAAAUUUAA